AUGCCUCCCAAGAAGCCUGAGCCGGCCAAGAAGAAGAAGGCCUCUGUCGAAGACAAGAAAAAAGGUUCUUCCGCAAAGAAACAGAUCGCACAGCUCCAGGCCCAAGCCGCACACAACAAGUCCGCCGACGCCAAAAAGAAGGAAGCAGAGAAGGCCCGUCGCGAAGCCGAGAAGAAGGCUGCCGAGUUAGCGAAGAAGGAGACCGCCGAACUCUUCAAGCCCGUCCAGGUCCAGAAAGUUCCUUUCGGUGUCGACCCCAAGACCGUGCUGUGUGUGUUCUUCAAGCAGGGCAAUUGCGAGAAGGGUCGCAAGUGCAAGUUCAGCCAUGACCCGAAUGUGGAGCGAAAGGCCGCCAAGAAGGAUCUGUACACCGAUUCCCGAGAAACAGAGGACGAGAAGAAAGGCGAUACCAUGGACCAGUGGGACGAGGAGAAGCUCCGCACCGUCGUUCUCAGCAAACACGGUAAUCCUCGGACAACGACCGAUAAGGUCUGCAAGUACUUCAUCGAGGCGGUCGAGAACCAGAAGUACGGUUGGUUCUGGGUUUGUCCUAAUGGAGGUGACAAGUGCAUGUACAAGCAUAGUUUGCCGCCUGGUUUCGUGUUGAAGACGAAGGAACAGAGAGCCGCCGAAAAGGCCCUGAUGGACAAGUCGCCGCUCAACACGCUGACCCUCGAGGACUGGCUCGAAUCCGAACGCCACAAGCUCACGGGCAACCUGACGCCCGUGACGCCGGAGAGUUUCGCCAAGUGGAAGAAGGAGCGUCUGGACAAGAAGGCCGCGGAGGAACAAGCGCGCAAGGCUAAGGAAGCCACCGGUCGUGCCCUGUUCGAGAGCGGCAACUGGCGCGCCGAGGACGAGAGCGACGAGGAGGGUGAGGACGACGGCACAUGGAACCUGGAAGCCCUGCGACGAGAGACCGAGCGCCUCCGUGAGAGGAAAGAGGAGGAGCGUCUCGCGCGACUCAACGGUGGGCCGAUCCCCGUGGUCUCGGCCGACGAGGCCGUCGCGCUCGAAGGCGAGGGUUGA